CGUAUUUUUUCAAAUGAGUGAAUGAAACACCGCACAGAAUUUCCGCUAAAGCUACGAAUUUGCUUGGAAUUUGUGGGGACUGAAGUUGUAAAGACCCUCCUUCUUCAAGGAUGGGUGUUGAGGGUAUGGGGCCCGGCUGGCCGCUCAAACCAAGCUCUGGCAUGAACUGGAAGGAAUUGGGAGAGAGUGAUGAUCUGGCAACUAGCCUGGUAUUAGACCCCUUCCUCAACUUCACUACUCACAAGAUGAACACAAGGUUCCGCCCUGCCGAUGCGAGGAAAGACUUCCUUAAAGAUAUCAUCCUCCGCUUCAAGAAAAAUCAGAACUACGAGAAGGCAUACAAGAGUCUCAUCUCAGGCGACUGGGCGAGGGUGUUCUUCCUCAACAAGUCAAAACAUCAGAGGAUGAUUUUCAAACAGCAUGUUUUCCGUUAUCUGGCAAUGUUCGACAAGACGUCGGGUUUUGAGGUAAAGUCGUGCUUCCGUUACUCACUUGAGGGCGCCGGGGGAAAGAUCGUAGCCACGCAAAACUGGAGUAAGAACGACACGAUACCAAAUCUAGUUGGCUGCAUCGCGGAGUUGACCGAGUGCGAGGAGAACUCUCUCAAGACUGGUGUCAACGAUUUUAGCGUCAUGUUCUCAACAAGGAAGAACUGCGCUCAACUCUGGCUCGGCCCAGCAGCUUUUAUAAAUCACGAUUGUCGGCCAAACUGCAAGUUUGUAUCAACCGGUCGUGAUACGGCUUGCGUCAAAGUACUGCGUGACAUCGAACCCGGGGAGGAAAUCACCUGUUUCUAUGGCGACGGAUUCUUUGGUGAAGGCAACUGUUACUGCGAAUGUGAAACGUGCGAAAGGAGGCAGUUGGGCGCGUUCACUCCCAAAGACACCCCGGUCAAGACUGAUGAGAACAAGUACAGCCUGAGGGACACUGACCGACGACUUCGCUGGCAGAAAGCCAAGAACGAGGAGGACGGUGGGGUCACCCAGGAGGAGAGUGCGUUGAUCAAGUCUGUCUUGCCGUCAAGGCUGCUCCGACGAAGUGAUUCUGAAAGUAGUAGCAGUUCUGAUGGACAAUCCUGCCCCUGGAGUCGGACACGCUCUCUGUCUCAGUCACAGCCUCUCUCACCGUCCAUCCAGGCCAAUCAAACUCUUGUAGAUCUCAUCGCCGAGAAAAAGUGCCUCUCCAAGUUCGACGCUCAACUCCUUGUCGCCGAAGGCUACAAACUCAGGGAAGCCAAAGUAGUCUUGACGCCUCACAAGAUAAAAGAGGACGGAACUCUGGCCGUGGAGGAGGGAGGCGUGAGGUAUGCCUCGAAGCUUCGCCAAGAGGAGAGGAGGCGAUCUAGAGAGGUUCGUGAGAGGAGGAUGUCGAUGAAUGAGGAGCCUGUUCCAUCGCCGAAGGUUGAAGAGGCCCAUCUAAAUGGAGAGUUGGUCGAUGAAAAUGAGGCAAACUGUGAGAUUAUCUCAAGAAAAGAGCGAAGAAGGUCGAGUGAUUGCCUCAAAAAGAGGACGUCUGUGAAAGAAGAGGCACAGGAAAUGCCUCAGUUGUCUCAGGAAACCUAUGUUGGUGAAGCAGCAAGGGAUAUACCCGGGCUUAGGUCUCGGACGCGACUAGUGUCAGAAGCGGGAUUGGCACUUGAUCAACAGUCCAAUUGCAGUAGUACGAACAGUGAAGUGAUGUUCAAGUCGAAACAGUUGCCUUCUUUGAAGAUCCUGAAGAAGGUUGAAAACAACCUGACCUAUGAGUCAGAGAUCUCAGACUGCGAGACAAAACUAAAGAUUCGUGGGGUACCACGUGAACGAGGAGUGCACUCGGUAAAACGUAAUCUGAUGGAAUCUGGACUGAACAGAACUAAAGCUCAUGGUGGAAAGAAACCCUGUAAAGGUACGGAUUCAAGGAACUUCAUCUCGGAUCCGUCCAGAAAAGACAACAAACAUCAUGGAGGAUUAGAAGUGCCUCCGCUGAUUUUACCAAAGCGGAAAAUGACAAAAUACGACGCAGAACUUAUCGCUGAAGCAGUGCAAAAAAUCCCCAAACUGAAAAUCCGAAUGAAAGACCCCAACGGAUGCAUCGAAGAGAUGAUCACAUCAUCAGAGGAUGAGGUUUCCUCAAGACAGUCAUCGAGUUCUUGCGAGAGUUCACCGGAGAAGCUCACAAUCUCCAUCCCGGACUCGCCGAGUCGAUUGACUCGAGCAGCGCGCUUCGUCAUCCCGUCGUCCAAAUCCACGCACUCACCUACCUCGCCCUUAGCGUUAGGAUCGCAGCCAAGUUCUCCAGGGGUGCACAAAGCUCGCGUCAACCUUCAAUUUGACGGCCCUGAAUAUAAAAAGACAAGUCUCCAGUUCGCGCCGCGCAGCAUGUCACAGUUGCGACACCUCUACGAGAUUCCACCUCACCCCUUGUGUCAAAGAACGCAGAAGGUCAGCUCCCCAAAGCAAAUCAACCCCAAUGAAGUUAAGAAUUUCUAUCCCAAAGAUGAUCAGUCUAACGGGGUCGUCGGAACGAGCCCGACAACGCAAACCUUAAAACUCUUUACGAAACCGCUGGAGAAUAGAAACACGCGGAAGGUCAGGUUGAUUUUCGAUAAGGAAGCGAUGGAUUUCCAUGUUCCGAAAACUGAGAGUAGCUAUCUUAAGAAAGCAAAGCCUCUUUGAACUUUGUCUUGCUGCAACAUUUUUUAUUCACCAUUUUUUCCAAGAAGUAUUAAAUCCAGUCCUUAUAGAGACUAAAAAUAUUAAGAGAAAUUAUUUCAAACAUGUCUUCAAAAUAUAUUUGAUACUAAAGUAGUACUUUGUUGUAGAGUGUACAUGUAAUUACAUGUAGGAAUCUGGACUAUUCCAUUUCCUAAGGGGUGGAAAAGCCAGAUUUCACCGAGUGAUUAAACUCUGCAUCAAUGCACGAAUGAAAUGAAUUCAAUAUUUGUUUAUAAAACUAAUACAUAGAUCCUUGUCAGUUCAAUUUUCGUUGACAAUAGUCACAAAAUAUACACGAAAAACCUUCCACCCCACACUCUAAAAAAUUCUUACAAAAAAACUAAACGUUAAUCCGGAGGUCGUUGGUUUGAAUCCCAUUCAAGUCGAUUUGUCUUUGUUCAACCCCCAAAAUAACCAAAAAAUUAACAACGUGGACAGUGUUGUAGGUAGAACAAUUUUAAAGGUGAGCCCUUAAUCAAGUUCAGUUCACCAAUGGCGAGCGGUUCGACAAAAUUAUUCAUGGUUAGAAAUGGGGCCAUCAUUUCUGGGAGGCAAUCUAGGGGAAAUCUGGGCUGGGCAGUACAGUGUAUUUUGCUCAGAGUGCUGGGCGAAAUUUGUAAAGUUCUAGGCAGGUAGCACAACACUGCCCAUCGAGGCUACACUUGCAACACUGAACGGGGGACGACUCAUUUUGAGACACCAACCUUGUCUGCCCUGACACAAACUUUUCUUGUUUGGCCAAACUGACUUGGCGCUACAGUUUUGGAAAUUAACUUUCCAUAUUGGACAAGCCAAUCAGUAAGCGUGUGCACAAAUCUUCCACCCCUAAAAUGACAAGGAUUUGUCUUCUGUAUUUCAAAAGGUAAUCAGGGUAUUUGUCAGUUUUUUCAGGUGUGGCGUGUUUUUAACUCAGAAUUCUGUCAAAACUUGAUGUGUUCUCUAAACUGCUGUCUGCAGAUUUCUUCAUUUUUCCUUCUUUAAUAGUUCGUUAUUAUGAACUUUUUUGUGUAUGGCACAAAUGUAUUGCAGGAUUCCCUAUUGGAAAUUUUUAGUCGAUCGAACGGUUUUAAUGAAUUUUGGGGUUACCAUGUCUUUCAUGCUAAGGAGUUUAUCAGCAUUAUCUCACUAUACAAACAAAUAAACUUGCACAUUUAGGAAAGUGAUGUAGUGAAGGAGUUGUACCAGAAAUUAACAAAACUUUGUUUUGACAUUUAGUGACAAGAUAUAAUUUUCUUGCUAGUAAUAUUUAGCUCCGUACAGAAUUAUUAAAAUAGAGUUGAUAUUGAAAAUAUUUAUCCAUUAUGCUAAGCCCUACCCUACCUAUCCCUUUUAUUUAUUUGCUGAGGAGAAGAAUCUCAAAUAAUGGAUUAGUUAGGUUUAAAAACAGCUAUAAAAAUAUCUUUUAGUGAAUUAUCAAAUUUUUAUGAUUUUAUUCGUUUAUUUAAAAUUUGUUUGCAGCUGUUUAUUGUUGAGACAAAUGUCUGGUUUUUUUAUAAGUCACCAGUGGAGGGCACUACAUGUACAUCAGAGCAUUGCCCUCUGUUGCCCUGGUUUUGUUGAAGUAUUUAUUUGACUAUUAUCAAAAAGCCAAACAAAGGGCUCGACCAAACCACUGGACUAGUUACAUCAAAACACAGGCAUGUGGUUGCUUUUCUAAUUUCAGUUUUUUUCUUCUUAUUGAGCCGUUAAAUUUCAAUGAAAGAAGUAAAGCAGUCACGAAAGCAGUAUAGUGGACAUUUUCUUUAAAAUCAAACCCAGACUUUAUGUGAAAACAAACUUUAGCUGGUAGUUACUCUGUCAAUAAAAGUUAUUGAAUGCUUGAA